CGCACUUGAACAAUACACCUUGUGGCAGCGGGGUAGUAGCAAUGAUAACUCAUCUGUGGUGAAAAAAAUUGUCGUUAAUCACUUCAGAAGGAAAGACGCGAGCCCGACUCGAGAGGGAGUUUUUUUUUGUCCUGAGAGCCCAGAAACCAGGCUGCUGCGCUAUGGAACCCACCGCUCCUCCAGCGGGAUGGACUGAGGAGAAGUCCACCAUGAGCCAGUCGCCCCCUCCGCCCUACUACGACAACCCGUACCCGGGUUACCCACAGCAGCAGCAGGGCUAUGGAGCCCCGCCACAGUAUGGAGGUGCAGCAUAUGGACAGCAGCCGUACCCCGGGGGUCAGCAGUACCCGGCACAGAACGCCGUCGCUGUCCAGCCCACAGUGUACGUGACUCGCGGCCCACUGGCUAACCCCGUCAACGACUACAUGUGCUACUCCGUCUUCACCAUGCUGUGCUGCUGCCUGCCUCUUGGAAUCGCUGCCCUCAUCUACUCCAUCUCAGCCCGUGAAGCCAACCACAUGGGGGACCAGAUGGGGGCGGAGCGCAGCAGCAGGACAGCCAGGACACUGAACCACGUGGCCCUGGGAAUCGGCAUCGGGGUCUUCAUCCUCUCCAUUGUCUAUGUAGUGGUUGUGGUAUCUUUGAUUUCAGACUAAAUCUGUUUCAACAUUUCUCCCAUAUUUCUAGUCCCCAUUCCCAUUCGACAUCAGGGGAUCAGACAAUCUGUAAUCCUGAAGUCACGCAAAUAGACCUUUGAAAAGUUAUUGAUAUUAUUAUGAAGAGUAUGUAAGCAUUCAUUUUAAAGAUUCACAUUUUAUCACUUUCUAUGUUAUCACAUCAAAAAUCAACAUCUUUUGUUUUUGACAUGAAUACAGCAUUUGUGAUGAUGCCUUAGGAGUUCUGCUCCGUGCAGUGUGUGACAGACUUCAAGUGUUAUCCAAAGAGAUUUUUACGAUUUCGUGUUCAAAUAGCGCAUGAUUGUCAGUACAGUUUGAAGUGUGUCUGAUUUCAUUUUGAGUUUUGUUCAGUUCUGCAACUGAAAGAGAUUUUUUUAAAUUGUACUAAGGGUGAAAUGCCCUUCAACAGAAUUGUUGGCUGUGAAUAUGCAACACUGUCUAACACUCUGAAAACUAUGCUAACAUAGUAUAACAUAUACAAAACUAACCAAGGAUGCUUUAUAAAUAUUGAGAGGAGAGAGAGAUUUGGACUUGUUUCGCUCAUGCUGAGGGUGAGCCUGUUUCCCAUCAAAGUGUAUGUCGUGAGGCUUCACAUUACAAGGGGACCCAGUCCUCUUUUUCCAGCGAUUUUUCAAUCGCACCAAAGUCGUCCUCUUUAUUCCAGCUGAACAGGAAUGCAUAGCUUUACACAAAAUCAGCAGAAACGUAGUGACAGUGGAGCCAAUAAGGCUAACGCAGCUCAAUCAGUGGUUCUGGCUCACCUAUUCUGAAAGCUGUAGUGUUUUAUUUGUCACUGGCCUGGGUGGUGUUUGUCAUGAAAUGUCUGUAUUUUCUUUUUAAAACCAAAGCUGAAAAAGUAAGAUUUUACUGUAUACCAAAUUUCUUUAUAAAUAAAGUCAAAGUAUAUUAAGAGAAAAA